AUGCCGGCCAGACCCAGCAGGGCCGGAGGAUACCGCGCAAAAGAGCAGAAGCGUUGGCCGUUUCCUGCGCGCAUCUGCGAUGCCGCAGGGACCCCCCGUCUGCUGAAGAACGACUCCGCCUGUGGGACCUUGGUGUCCUCUCUGCCAGGGGGCUCCGUGGCUGUCGAGACGGCCUUUGGCGGAUGCUACACCCAGGCGCAGUCAGGAGCUCUGCUCCGGCCGUCCUGCAGCCCCUCCCUUCUGGCCAGAGUGGCUCUGAGGAAGGGGCUGGAGAGGUUGACCCUUCAGAGCCUCCGUGGCAGCCCUGAGUGGUCAGAAGUGACGGCCCGCUGCACCCCGGAGGGCUCUUUCUCCCUGGCCGUCUCUAGAGACGCGGCUGUGCCGGCCCUGAGCCUGGAUUCCCUGCACUUGCUGAGGCCUCGGGGGGGCCCCUGUGGCCCCCUUUCCAGGAAUAAAGUCUUCGUUGUCUUCAACUUCCCACUUUCUGCCUGUGGGACCAUUGUCAAGGAGGCCGGAGGCCACCGGAUUUACGAGAACCAGCUCUCGGCGGAGAGACGGACCCUCCGGGCCUCUUCGGGCUCCAUCACCCGGGACAGCGACUUCUUCAGGCUGACCAUCCGCUGCAGCUACUCUGCCCAGGAGCCCCUCCCGGUGAGUCUCCUGGUGGCCGUUCUUCCUCCCCCGGCCACCGUUGCCCAGCAGGGACCCCUCACUCUGGACAUGCGGAUCGCUGGAGACGAGACCUACUCCUCCUACUACGGCCCUCUGGACUACCCGGUGGUGAAGCUGCUGCGAGAGCCCAUCCCCCUGGAAGUCCGGCUCCUCGGGAGGAGGGAUCCGGCACUGCUCCUGCUCCUCCACGCGUGUUGGGCCUCCCCCAGCCCCAGCCCCCUCCGGUCACCACAGUGGCCCCUCCUGCAGAAUGGGUCUGUGACUUGGGCCUGGGGGGCGGGGGGUGACAUGCCUUAA